AUGCGGUCUUCGGCCUCACCAGGAAUCGAGCUGCGUGCGAACAGCGGUUUGAGUUCGGCCAGCCAGGACGGUGACUUCGAUGCCACACCUGUGCGAGAGGCAGGCGAUGGGCAUUGGGGUUGGUACCCAGAAGACUCUAUGGAGUUGGCUGCAGUGUUGGCACAGGAGCCUGGCAUGUCUGGCUGGGACAAGGCCGACGAAUGUUUUCACGGUGCUGGAAAGAUGCAGGCGCACGGCUUGACAGACAAGGGCGGGCCGAGGCUCAUGGCUCCAAUCAUGCGCCUGGACGUGUUUCUGGAUGAGGCGGUCCCAGACUUCCCGUUUGCCCAGGCAGCGAAAGUGCCUGCGGUCUGA